AAUCAUCAACCAAAAAUAUCAAAGUGAAAACGAAAUUUUCUGUUAAGGAAAUAACAAAAAAAUGCCUAACCAUUCAACAAUAUUAUUAUUGUUGAUUAUAAUCAGUAUAAUCAUUACACAUGGAUAUUGUUGGUCAUUUUCAUUUUUUCGACCAUUUUCAUUUUUUCCAUCAUUAUCAUCAUGGACAUCGACAUCUGAAUCAACGGAUAUUUCAUCAUCACCAUCAUCAUCAUCAUCAUCAAUGACAACAAUCCCAUCUUCAUCGUUGAUGACAACAACAACAACAACUAUAGCAACAACGACAACAACAACAACAACAACGACAACCGAAAUUCCUAAACUUAUGAAUAAUAUUAUCAAUGUUAUUAAACAACCUAAUAGCUGGUAUUAUCAAAUAUUUUCAAAUUCUACAAGAUUAGAUAACAAUUCUAAUCAACAAAAAUCAAUGAAUAAUAUUAGCAAUGAUGAUAAUGACGAUUCAAUUUCCAAUAAUACAUUGAAAAAUAUCCUUGAUAUUCAAUUUGAUUCAAUAAAUAAUUUAAAUGAAUCAUCAUCACAAUUAUCAUAUGAAUAUAUGGAUUUAUUUCAUCAACAACAACAACCAAAUGAUAUUCAAACUCAGAAUUCAGAAUCAAGAAAACCAUUUGAAGCUUUAAUACAAAAUGAUAAAACAAUGGCUGAUAUUGUUUUUGAUCAUACUGGUCGUCAUCUUAUUUAUUGUGAAUUAUUUGAUCUAGAACGUGAACCAUUACCAAUAAGAUUACCAAUGGUUAUUGCUAAUCGUCGUCCAUUAUUAGUUAGUCAUAAAACAAUGUUAGAAGCAGUACAAAGAUGUACACAAUUAGCAUUAAUACAACAUCAAGAUGUAUUUAUUAAAAAUUCUAAUCAAACAUUAACAGCAACAAUGACAUUGAUUGAUCCAACAAAUAUCGAUAAUAAUUCGACAACAAUGGCAAGAAUUCCAUCAAAUAAUUCAACUACAAAUCUGUCUGCUCCAGCACUAGAAAUGAAUUUUCAAAAUUAUUGGACAUUUUGGAAAGGUAUUCUACCCGGUACAAAGUGGUGUGGUCUAGGUGAUUUGUCCAGUCAUUAUGAAGAUCUUGGUAGUAAAUUAGACAUUGAUCUUUGUUGCCGUGCACAUGAUCAUUGUCCAAUUCGUUUAAAAGCAUUUCGUCAAGGAUAUGGUGUAUUUAAUUUUUCAUUCUAUAGUCGAUUACAUUGUGAAUGUGAUGAAGAUUUUUAUAAUUGUUUAAAAAAAUCACCAAAUUCAUAUGCAACAAUGUUGGGACAAUUUUAUUUUAAUGUUUUACGUGUUCAAUGUCUUAAAGAAGAUGGGAAUCAAACAUCGGAAAUUUCCGAAACUACAUCCACGCCACAGAUUGUUUGUCGCAAACGAAGAUUAACCAAAAUGGGAACAAAUGAAUGUUUGGAAUAUGGUGUCAUACCGGAUUCAGGAGUUAAUCAACGUAUUAAAAUUAUACCAUUCGGACGUUAUUUUUGAUUAUUAUUAUCAUUUUUUUUUAUUUCCAAAACAUUUGUUAUCUAUCUGUUAAUUAUUGUUAUAUUUCCAAAACACAACUAGUGAUUCUCGACAUAUAUUGUUUGUUCAU